GAAGUUUUUUUUUAUCUGCAAAACUUACUCCAAUGUUCGGUUAUUUAUGGCGAACCAACCUUCAGACCUCGGAUCGUGGAUGAUAUUCCUUUUCUCUAUACUGCUAUACUCAGGUUUGUCCUCCACAGAAGAGUUGAGAUUUACAGUAGAGCCUAAGAAUGUGAUUGUUGUAAAAGAUCGCCCAUUUAUAUGGGACUGUCAAGCUGAAGGGGAGGCGCCAAUAAAUAUAACUUGGAAAAAAAACGGGCAGAUAAUUGAAAACAAUGAACGUCACAAUGUUCUCAGGAAUGGAUCACUUUUUUUUGUGCGGAUUGAGCGCAAGAAAACAAAAAUAACUGACGAAGGACAGUAUGAAUGUGUUGCAAGAAAUGGAGAUGGGGCCAUCACCGCCAUAGCUGACUUGCAAGUGGCUACUUUAUCCAAGUUUCAAUCCCAUUUACAAAAUCCUAAGCCAGUUACAGCUAGCUUAGGCGGAGUAGCAAGAUUUGAAUGUCACGUAGACUCGUUACCUCCAGCAGUUAUUUCAUGGGAAAAGGACAAAGAUCCAAUUCCCUCAAACAACAGAUUCGUUGUUUUACCCUCAGGAGUUCUUCAAAUUCACAACAUUCAGGAAAGCGAUGCCGCAAAUUAUAGAUGCAUCGCUGUAAAUAUCGCCAACAAAAGAAGAAGUGCAGAAGCCCCACUGACAGUGCAGUCAACAAUGCCGCCAACAAAUGAACCUGAUCCAGAUAGAAAACCUAUUAUAGUCCAAGGUCCUAAACCUGAAACAAAAGAGGAAGGAGACACCAUUGUUCUGGAGUGUCUCGUUGUCCGGUAUUCUCCCGAUGAUCCAGAACCUGAAGUAACUUGGAAUAGGCUAGGUGGCAGUGCUAUUAAUUCUGAUUUGGGUGUUCCAUAUGGAAAAAACAAUCUACUUAUCAGUAAUCUUGGUAUGACAAGUACUGGUGUGUACAAGUGUACUGCGACUAAUCCUGCAACAGGGGGUGCAGUGUCUAAAACAGCACGGAUUACUGUACUCGUUCCUCCAAGACUACUUGAUGUACCGGAAUCUCAAGCAAAACUUGUCGGAGUAACAGCCAGAUUUCCCUGCGUUGCUGAGGGUGUGCCACCACCAAGUAUCACAUGGUACCACAAUGCCCAACCAGUUGUUAUGAAUGGGCGUUUCCAAAACCCCAGUAACAAUGACGAUCUUGUCAUCACUAAUAUUUGGAAAAAUCCGCACGAAUCAGACGAAGGUAUAUAUCAAUGCGUAGCAGAGAAUGUACGUGGACGAGUGCAGGCGUCUGCACAGUUGACGAUAAUAAAAGUUGAGAGCACUCCGUCUCAACCACGUAACUUGCAGGCAUUUGCAUACUCAAGUACAGAAAUCACAGUCACAUGGGAUCAUCCAGAGGAGCUUAGCUCAAUAAUGGCUUACAAUGUACUUUACAGACUAACUGCUGGUGGCAGUGACAAAGAGGUGGCUGUGGAAGGCAGUAAAUCGAUUUGUGUAUUAGAAAUACUGCAACCGUAUACAAACUAUACGAUUCAUAUUAUCCCCUAUGUCACCAGUGGUGCAGGUGAUCCUUCAAAUUAUAUCACCGUUCAAACACUGGAAGAUAUUCCUGAUAAAGCUCCAGAAUUCACCUUGUCGAGUAAUACCCCAUCUAGCAUCAUCAUAACAUGGGGUCCUUUAGAAAAAGAGCAUGCUAAAGGAAAUAUCAUUAGUUAUCGUAUCUAUUACCGAUAUGCUGACCACCUUGAUGAACCGGUGUUACAAGUGGAUGUUGGCGGUCAUAUUCGUGAAUAUGUUUUGGAAAACUUGGAGCCGAGUACUACUUAUGAAGUGAAAAUGUCUGCAUCAACAUCUGUGGGAGAGGGAGUCAUGUCGCAAUCUUGGAACUCCAGGACAACACCAGAAUUUUUGGACUACAAUAUCCCACAAGCUCCACUGCUAUAUCUAUGGAAGGUUAAUUCCAGUGCCGUGCAGGUUCAGUGGUCGAUGCAUUCAGUAAAUGUACCUACUCCUGUGCUUGGAUUCAAACUCUAUUAUGCUUUAGCCAGCAAUAUCAAUGAUCUUGCUGGACCUGUGAUGUUACCUAGCAAUGUGACCUCAUAUACCUUGUCAGGACUUUUGCCAUCUACCAGUUACUUUGUGCUAUUAUUGGCGUACAAUGAUUAUGGGGACGGUCAUGAUGCAUCACGUUAUAUCGAGACCCUCGUGCCGACCCCAUCUAUAAAUAUUCCGGUGAAUCCUGCACCGCCUUAUCCUAAUGAAAUUGACGCCAUUGUUGAGACCCCGUCUACAAUUUUGGUGAAAUGGUCCAAGCCUCAGACAAGCCUGGAAAUUAUCUACUACACAGUUCGCUUCCAUCCGGCUGCUAUAACCAAUGCUUCGUUGGUAAAGAAAGAAGAGAGCAAUACAGAGCAGAUAAUGCUAAUGGAUUUGAUACCAUUUACCGAAUACGUUAUUGCAGUCAAAGCACAUGCACGUAGCAGCGAGAGUCGCUUCAGCAAUGAUAUCACAGCUAACACGCCGGAAGAUCGAACUUCAAGAAGGCGACAUAAGAGACGCAAGUGUUUACAAAGGAAUCGGAGGUCCUGUAAGCUGUUUUAAUUUUGCCAGAGGCAAAGUUUCGCGUAUUACGCAAGUCAGAUUUUUGUAGCAGUGACAAUUUUUCUAGGAUCCCACGACAUGGAGUCGUCGCAACAAAAGCCUUAUAAUCAGAAAAAUUUCUCGCAGUGAAAAUUAAAUAGUUUGCAGUAUUUUAUACCCUUCGAAAUUGAUUGAAAUAUUUAGUAAUAUCACAGCACUAAGAAGACAAUUAUUAUUACUAUUACAUUGAAGGUUAUGAGCAGACCAACCCUUAUCGAUAAUGGCUUGCUUAAUUAUUACUUGCUCUGAAAACAUAGCUUUGUAUUUACAACUGAUUAUUAACAGAUGAUACUGUAUGUACAGUGAAUACAUUUUAAAUAAUAAACCAUACCUAGUUACUAAAAA